CAUCAUCCUAUUCCAAUUCUCAUUUCUCUCUCUCUCUCUCUCUCUCUCUCACUCUCACACGCUCGUAAAGUCAUAACUCUCUCUUUCUCACACACACACACAGAGAAAAAAAACAUUAAGAUUUCCGAAAAACAACAUUAAAAUGGCGGCGGCUGCAGUGACAGUAGUGUCAAACCCAAUGCUCAACUUAGAAGAAGACUCUUCCUUUGACGUAGACAAGUUGUCUUAUGAAAUCUUCUCUAUCCUUGAAACCAAGUUCCUCUUCGGCUAUGAUAGCAUUCCCACCACUCCCCUCCAAGAAAACUUGAAAUUGAAGCCCAUAACCACCACCAAUAACAUCAGCAAUAACAAUUCUGUCGGAAAAGUCCGAGUCCUCUCCAUAGACGGAGGCGGCGCCACCGACGGAAUCCUCGCCGCCACCGCCCUCGCCCGUCUCGAAUCUUUUCUCCGCCGCAAAUCCGGCAACCCCAACGCCCGCAUUGCCCACUUCUUCGACGUGGUGGCCGGAGCCGGCGCCGGAGGAAUCCUCGCCGCCCUUCUCUUCACCCGAGGAAAAGACGGCAACCCCAUUUUCACGGCCGACCAAGCACUCAGCUUCCUCAUCCAGAACCGCCGCAAGCUCUUCCGGGUGUCGCCGGAAAGCACUCUCCGGCGACUCCUCCGCCGUCCGGCGAAGCUGGAGAAACUCUUCGCCAAGACUUUUGGGGAGUCAACCACCCUGAAAGACACGCUGAAGACGGUUCUGAUCCCCUGCUACGACCUCUCCAGCAACGGGCCGUUCGUGUUUUCCCGCGCGGAUGCCGUGGAAUUCGACGGCUACGAUUUCAAGAUGAAGGACGUGUGUGCUGCCACGUUGGCUGUGGGCCCCGUGGAGAUGAAGUCGGUGGACGGGAGGACGAAGAUCUUGGCCGUGAAUGGGGAGGUGGCGAUGAAUAAUCCGACGGCUGCGGCUGUUACGCACGUGCUGCUUAACAAGCAGGAGUUUCCUAUGUGCAAUGGAGUUGAGGAUCUGCUUGUGGUGUCUUUAGGAAAUGGGGAGUCCCAAUUUGAUGUUGCAAAUUCAAUUCCCAAUGGAACUCAGCUUGUUAGAAUUGCCGGAGAUGGAGCUUCCGAUAUGGUUGAUCAAGCAGUUUCAAUGGCAUUUGGUCAGUGUAGGACAAGUAAUUAUGUUCGCAUUCAGGCAAAUGAAAGUCUAGCUAAAAAGCAUAGUGGCUUGAAGAAGGGCAUGAAUUCUUCUAGCAAGAGCAUGGACAUGUUGGCCGUGACAGAAAACAUGUUGGAACAGAAAAAUGUGGAGUCAGUUUUAUUUCAAGGGAAAAAGAUGGUUGAGACCACAAAUUUAGAGAAGCUAGAAUUGUUUGCUGGAGAUCUAAUUAAAGAACAAGAGAGGAGAAAAACUAGCAUUUUACCAACUGUGACAUUGAAGCAGUCAUCACCUUCACCAAGAACAUCUUCAGCUACUACUUUAUCAAAUUCAACUCUAUCUUCUUGCUAGUUAAUUUGGGUGAUUAAAACAAAAGGAGAAAAAAAAAAAAU